GUGGAGCCGCGAUUUAGACGUUAUGCUUUAUCUAAUCAAACGAGACGUACGACAUGUAUGGCCAUCUAUAAAAGACGCUUGUUGCUCGAUACUUUCUGUGGCGCCACUUGUUUUCGGAAACUGUUUAACCCUCAUUCCCCCCCUUUGAUUAAGUGACGUCUGUGAGCCUUAAUGGCGGUUCAGUCAGUUUAGAUUUUGGCUCACCCUUUGUGACUUUGAUUUUGACCGACUUCUCCUCCACGAUUCGCUUGAAUACCUACAGUAUCCUACCCACUUGACUGAUUUGAGUGUAUGACGUAAGCGGGCACAUGCCCGACUUGACCUGGAUUUGUUUCCCUUUGUGGUAAUUUUAGUUCUAAUGUGAGCUUUCAUAUGUUUCCUGACCCGGCUGUAUUUCUAUGUAGGGAUUUCUGUUAGUAAGUGAUUGGCCCAGUGUGUCUCAUAGUUGGGACUCACUAUUAGUCGACCUGACAGCUUCACCCCAAUCACUUAGUAGCUCGUAUGACUUGACAGGGUUGAGAUCCCUGAUUUCUUGGAUGUGAAUUGACUCCUGCCUGUGGCAGAAUUUGACUUGAUCGGUCACCCUGAGUGACCCCUGUGCAUGAUAUCUCACCCAAACCUGUAUUGCAUCUCAGGAUUGGUGAAUAUAGCUUCGAUUUAUGUAAAAGAGUGAUCGCAUUUACAGUCCACUCUCACUAUCGCGCUAUCAUCUGGUCCUUCGAACCGGAGCCUUUGAACUGACUUUGAUUUGAAAAUGGCCAACCUUCCAGUAUCAACAUGGACACUGGAAGCUUGUAAGACUCGACAGAGGGUCCUUCGUUUCCGCAUCACAGGUUGUCACACUCGCAUCAGCAACAUUGUGACAGCUGGAAUAUCUCGCCGUGAUGCUGAGAAGCAUUUGGCAGACGUACGAGGCCUCCUGGGCGAACUAGAAAAUAUCCACGACCGUAUAAUCGAGCUGAUAGAUGACGACGACGUUCUGACCCAACAAAAUUUGCAGCAUCUGACAUAUGCCAAGGUCGUCGACAACUUCUCAUCGUUAGUGGAAAAUUACCUUCUUAUACGCCAAGACGAUGAUCCCUCGGUAGUCAUCGAGACCCCAGAGGAGAUUGCACGACGGCAGGCAUUGCAAACAGCCGAGCAACGUUUACGAGAGGCCCGAAUUGAACUCGCAGCCGCUGAGCAAGCUGUCAUUGACCUUGGAGGUACAGUUUCACCCACAGAUGGAUCGGAGGUGAAUCCAUCCAACUCCGUGUCGAGUGUUGGGAACAAACCGACCAAUGGAAUUGAUUUUGAUCCAGUUGACUCUACCCAAGCACCGGACGCGUGGAUAGACGUCUAUUUGACCGGAAGAGAGAAACCGCAUGUCCGAGAAAAGGGAGGCAAGUCGUCCGUGACGGUGCAGCUGGAGGUGUACUCGGGUCGAGCACUGGAUUGGUUCUCGUGGAUCAGUAUGUGGUACGCUCUUGUCCACAUUACCGGCAAGACCGCUAGUGAGAAACUCGCCAUCCUGAAAAACUUUCUGAAGGGAGAUUUGGCUGACAUUGUGCACGGCCAUGGAGGCGGCGAGUCCGGCUACAAGGAGGCCUGCAACGAUUAAGGAGCACCUGUGGCAACCGUACUGUUAUCCGAGCAGCCCAUUUGCAAGCACUGGAUCGAAUGGAGGCUCCAAAAAACGACCCUCAAUCCUUCAAGCGUUUUGCCGAACGUGUCAGGACCCACCUUUUUAAUCUCUCGACCAUCGGGGAGAGCGGGCAUGCAGAUAUAAUUGAAAGAUUGGCCCUUAAGCUGCAAUUGACUGACCGUCUGGAGUGGAAUCAUGGACGGGGAGAGGAUCUUGAACGCCGAACCAUUAAUGAUUUUGGUCGGUGGUUAACUACGAGAGCCGUUGCAUACCAAAAUGCCUACGCCAUUGCUGAUUAUCAACAACAUCCGGCUCCUCCCGCAGCAAGAAACCACAAUCCAUACUCGCAUCCGUCGCAUCAUAGACAUCCACACCAGCAGAAGAGGAGCGCACACACAUUUCAUGGA